AUGGAUUGUGUUGAUACGAGAAAUCAAUACAAGAAAUCAUCAUCAAAAAAGAGUAAAGCAAGAGAUGGAUGGAAUAUACUGAACACAAAGAGAAGAGGGGGCUCCUCAAUUUUCUUUCUCUGCUAUAUUCUUUCAAAACUUAAUGGUGGACAGUCCAUUCAUCAUAUGAUCAAGAACCAACAAUUGUCAUCAUCUUCGUCGUUGAUAUCAACUGCAGUUGGUCCAUAUGAAUCAAAUCAAAACAUAAAUUAUACAAUGGCAGUGACAACUACCACCACGGCUCCAGCGAUCCUACCUCAAAGUAACUCCUCUGCUGGACCCUAUUUCUGGGGAAAAUGGUAA